AUGGAGAGUUUUUAUGAUGUUAUAAGAACGCUCGGCAGAAAAACAUUGAAACGAAAACCAAAGGUUCCACCAAAGCCAACUACAAAUGGAGUAUCGAAAGAACGAGUCUCGGAGCGAGAUAACAGGGAGACGAGAGAGUCUAGAGAUACUAGAGAUUCUCGAGGUUCUCGAGAUUCUCGAGAAGUUAGAGAAAACAGAGAUUCUAGAGAACAAAGAGAUUCUAGAGACCAUAGAGACUCCAGAGAACACAGAGAUUCCAGAGAACACAGAGAUUCCAGAGAAAAUAGAGAUUCGAGAGAAACGAGAGAUUCUAGAGAACUUCGCGAAUUGCGAGAGUCCAGAGAAUCGAGAGAAGAAACUGAUCACAUGGAAAGGAGAGCGCAGACUUCAUCACCUAUGCCUCGGGAUAGGGAACGCGAGCGGGACCGGGAUAGAGAAAGGGAAAUGAGAGAUGAGCGGAGAGACCAGUCGACGCCACAGCAUGACGGCAGACACCCACUGCUGCAGUUUGCGGUAGACCACUUUAGACAGAGUCCAGAAUUAGAAAUAUUAAAAGCGGAUUCAUCGCUAAAGAGCAAAGCUAAGCGUAACGAAUGGACAUGGAAAGCGCAAACGGACGUGGUGAAGUGGCAAGCGACACCGCUGCGAGCGCCGCUGUUACGCUUGCCUGCUGCGCUCGCGCCGCCUGCGCUCGAGUGCUUCACGUGCGUUCGUGCGUAUUGCGGCGACCUGCAGCCUAACGAACGGUCUAUACACCAGGAUCUGACUGAAGUUAAAUGUGUUUAUACUGUGCUCAUGCACUGUCACUCGGUACCGGAACUUCGCGACGAGGUAUAUUGUCAGCUGAUGAAACAGACCACGUCAAAUCGUUCGCCAUCGCCUGACUCGUGCCAGCGCGCGUGGCGACUCAUGUCCAUACUCGCUGCGUACUUCACCUGCUCCGAUACACUCAGGCCGUUCCUAGUAGAGUAUCUGUCGGCUGCGGCUGCGGACCGGCGGCGUCCGUGUCAGGGCACCGCGGCCGUGUGCCUCGCUAACCUCAGGAAAACACUACGAUGUGGUGGAAGGAAGAACGUGCCUAGUGUUGAGGAGGUGACGGCGGUGUCCGCGGGGCGGUCGGCGCGGCGCCAGCUGUACCGCCUGCCGGGCGGCGCCGAGCGCGUCGUCAACACGCGCUGCGCCACCGUCGUGCAAGACAUCGUCAACGACCUCUGCGAACUGAUCGGCGUGACAAGCGAAGCAGAACGCGCGGAGUUUUCUCUGUACUGUAUAGUGGCGGGUGAUGCCCUGACAAUGCCCCUGGCGGCCGACGAAUACGUGCUGGACGUCACUACGGAGUUGCAGCGGGCUCAUCACCCCUUCUACCUGAUCUUCUGUCGAUCCGUCUGGCAUCAUCCGCUCAGAAACGACGCACCGCCUUUGUACACUGAAGUAUUAUUCAACCAGGUCGCCCCGGACUACCUCGAGGGCCUGCUCCUGGUGCUGCCCGGGGGCGGCGCUCCCCCCGCGCCCGCGCUUCGUGACGUGGCGCUGGUGGCGGCCCUGCUGCACCGCGCCGCCGGCCUGGCCGAGGCUGCGGCCGCAAGGGACCUGAAGUUCUUGCUGCCGAAGCCCCUGCUGGCGCUACGGGAGCCGCGCCCUAACAAGUGGGCCACUUGGCUCGCGCAGGAGUGGCAGCACGUGCGGAAUCUGGCUCCCGCUGCCGCUAAGGCUAAUGUUCUACAGGUGUUAUCAAGAUGGCCGCUUUUCGGUUCUUCGUUCUUCGCGGUGCGGCGCGUGUCGAACGGAGGCAGCGGCGGGGGGGUCGGGGGGGGCGAGUGGCGCGAGCACGUGCUGGCGCUGAACCGGCGCGGCGUGCACCUGCUGCACCCCGCCACGCACGAGACCGACACGCACUGGCCCUACGCGGAACUCAUCUCCACACGGAAGGUCCGUUCAGAAGAUGGCACCCUGUUCCUGGACGUGAAGUGCGGCUCCCUGCUGCAGCAGCGCGUGACGCGGCUGCAGGCCGAGCAGGCGCACGAGGUGGCGCGCCUCGUGCGGCAGUACAUCGCGCUGCAGCGGGACCAGAGGCACUCGCCAGCUUUUAACAAUUAA